CACACCAACUGGGCCCAUGAUUCCUCACUGAUUUCCGAUUUCUCCAAAAUGAAUCUCCUCGAUCAAAUCCAAACCGAUGUGGACCCCUGUCCUUAUUUUAAUCAACCAGGAACCCUUCCAAACCCGUAUGAUUCUGGUUUCAAUGAAACAGAAAACCUUCCAUGCCAUCCCCAUGUCAACAAUGCCCGCUUGUUCAAUGAACAAGGAAUUCUCCCCUAUCAUGUUAACAAUUCGGCUUUGUUCAACGGGACGGAGAACCUUCCUUAUCACCACCAUGUUAACAACGCCGGAUUGUUCACUGAAACCGGAACCCUCCUCCCCUAUCACCACCAUGUUAAUAACGCUGGAAUUUUCGAUAAAGGUCACACUUUUGACACUCCAGAUGAUCAAGGUAACCUUCUGUAUCAUCACCCCGUGGACCAGAGGAGGAAUCAGUUACAGGCCACAAGUAGUGGCAACUAUCCCAUUAUUCGUGAUCGUUAUAUGGCUCCACAUUCUUCCGGAGGGUUCAAUAGCUUCGUCAGGUUAUCUUCUAUUGCGGCUAUGAAUUGCAAUGCUAAUAAUCCUUCGCAUCAUUAUGUUUCAGCGAAAGAUAAGACUGAACCUCCUCACUUUCUGCCUCCGAGGAGAGUGGGGGGAGACCCUGCGGCUUUUAGGUGUGACAAUAGCAUUAUCUUGCAAGGGAGAGAUUCAAGACACUGCUUUGAGAAUGGGUAUGGUUCUUCUCAUAGAAGGGGUCCUCCCCGUGACGAGUUUUGUGUGAGUGGCAGUGUUUCCAAGAACAUUUUUCCUGGUGGUCCUUCUGGUCAAAACGCUGGGGAAUUCUCACUGCCCAUGCCACUGGAUUAUUAUUCUGUGCCGGAGUCUCAGCGUUGCAUUUACAACCUGGCAAAGGAUCAGAACGGUUGUCGUUUCCUGCAGCGGAAGGUUGAUGAGGGAAGCUUCGAAGAUAUGUGUGUUGUAUUUGAGGGAAUCAUCGGGAGUGUUGUUGAACUUAUGGUGGAUUCUUUCGGGAAUUAUCUGGUGCAGAAGUUGCUCGAUGUUUGCACCGAUCAUCAACGACUGCAGAUUGUGCUCAUGUUGACUAAUCGACCAGGCCAGCUCGUUAGAAUCUCUUUGAAUACUCACGGCACGCGCGUGGUGCAGAAGUUGAUUGAGACCCUCGAUUCCGAUGAUCAAAUUUCAUUGGUCAAGUCUGCCAUUCAACCGGGUUUUCUUGAUCUUAUUAAGGAUCUGAAUGGAAACCACGUCAUUCAACGUUGCUUGCAAUGCUUCAGCUCUCAAGAUAACCAGUUUAUCUUUGAUGCUUCUGUGAAGUAUUGUGUUGAAGUAGCUACUCAUCAGCAUGGAUGCUGUGUACUGCAACGCUGUAUUUAUUACUCUAUGGGUAAAAAUCGAGAUAGGCUGAUCUCAGAAAUAUGCAAGCAUGGACUUCUCCUCGCCCAGGAUCCAUUUGGAAACUAUGUUGUUCAAUAUAUUAUAGAAACUGAUACUCCAACUGCCGUAGCCAAAAUGCUUGGUCAGUUUAAAGGGAAUUAUGUACAUUUGUCUACACAGAAAUUCAGCAGUCAUGUGGUUGAAAAAUGUCUCAGAAAUGUUGGAGAUACGAGGUCCAGGAUAGUUCGAGAAUUACUGGCUGCCCCUCAUUUUGAACGACUUUUGCAAGAUCCAUAUGCCAAUUAUGUCAUUCAAUCUGCUCUCACCUUCACCAAGGGCCUUCUGCAUGCUUCUUUGGUUGAUGCAAUUCGUAAUUACAAAAUGUUGCGCUCCAGUCCUUUUUGCAAGAGGAUUUUCUCAGGAAAUUUGCUGAGGAAGUGAUGCUUCACGGUCAUAUGUUGUUGUUUUGAAUAGUCUUUUUAGUCUUUAUCUAAGUCGGUCUAAGUAUGUCGGUACUCAAACUAAAGGCAUUGUCGUGUAUUAUUUCCUUGUUGUUGUGUGAUGUAUGGCACAUUCCCUGGAGUUUCAAGUCAGGUUCUACGCUGUGUUUAAUAAAUAUUUUAAGGAUCAAUUAUUGGUUUUGCAUUUUCAUAUGUUUAUGUUUUCUUAUAUUUCUAAAUCAAUUGUUUUUUUAUUUUUAAAGCUGCUCAAUAUUU